UACAGACUGCUGCAUAUAUUGACUACGAACCCCAUCCUUUUACCAUGCUUGAACCAUGCUUGGACUAUCCUUAUCUUGAUCACUUGUGAAGAGCACAGACGAAACAAGCGCAAUGGAUUUGCAUCUACAUCAAGACAAUGAGAUCCUUGUCAACAUCGUUGAUCGCAGAGCCAGAGAGUCGCCGCAGCUCUUGUAUGCAGCGUUUCCUGUGUUGCCUACCUCUUAUGAUGCAGGGUAUCGCGAAAUCAACUACGCACAGCUUGCAAAUGCCGUCAACGGCGCAGCUUGGCACAUCAGUCGCCUCCUCGGCCCUGGAAAGAACUUUGAAACUUUGGCCUAUAUUGGUCCCAACGACCUGCGUUACAAUACGUUGGUUCUCGGAGCUGUCAAGGCUGGAUACAAGAUGUUUCUUUCUUCUCCAAGGAAUAGUAUUGCAGCCCAUUCACAUCUGUUCAAGCUUCUCGACUGCAAAACCAUUCUUAUACCAGACCCACAGCCGGCGGUGGUAGACGAUAUUCUCAAGGCUAGUUCGCUUCGUGCACUGGCUGCGCCGUCUCUCGCCUACCUGAUCGAUACAUUGCACCCUGAAUAUCCGUACACCAAGACCUUUGAAGAUGCAAAACAUGAACCGCUUCUUGCAUUUCACACAUCUGGCUCGACAGGCCUUCCGAAGCCAAUUACCUGGUCGCAUGAUUAUGCGGCAGCGGCUAUGAAGUGCUCGAGGAUUGAUCCUCCAGAGGGCUUUGAAUUGCAAGAAAGGGUUUUCCAAGGAAGCCGCCUUUUUUUCAUGCUGCCCCCCUUUCAUGCGGCAAACCAUAUUGCCUCUAUUUGCUAUGCUUUUGCUCAUCGGAUGAUGUGCAUCUAUCCACCUGCCGGCGCUAUUCCUUCUGCAAAAGUCCUCGCAGAUGGACUCAAGCAUAUCAAGGCAGAUUUGGCUUUUGUCCCUCCGACUGUUGUAGCAGAGCUUGGUAGAGAUGCCACUAUGCUCGAAUUCGUGUGUUCAAAUCUGAAAACGCUUGCUACCGGGGGAGGAGAUGUUCCGACUGCCCUAGGCGAUCCAGUCGCCAAGAGAAUGAGACUGAUGAUGGUAUAUGGCUCGUCAGAAAUGGGGAUAAUACCGCUGAUUCGACGGGAUGCAACGACUCUCUCAGAGGAUUGGAAGCCUAUAAUGUUCACCCCUGGACUGGGAAUCGUAUUACGUCCUGUCAACGAAAAUGUAUAUGAGCUCUAUCAGGCUAGAGAUCCUGAGAUCGAAUGGCGCCAACCUGUCUUCAAGCUAUAUCCACACCUCGAUAUCUUCAAACCUGGCGACCUGUUCUCCCCGCACCCUUCCAAGCCCGAUAUCUGGAUAUACUGUGGCCGCUCGGAUGAUAUCAUCGUCUUUCUGACUGGGGAGAAAACAAACCCGACAACAAUGGAAGCAAGCGUUGCAAGCAACCCUGAAAUCAAAGCAUGCCUUGUAGCAGGUGCUCAAAGAUUUCAAGCGUCCCUCAUCCUCGAAUUGGCAGACCCCAAAGAGAUGUCGUUAUCUCAGAAGGCAGAGGCUAUUGAGCGAAUCUGGCCAACCAUCAAUGAAGCAAAUCGAGUCUGUCCUAAUCACGCGAAGGUUUCUAAAUCUCAUAUUCUCUUUGCGGACCCCAAGAAACCCUUUGCCCGGACUUCAAAAGGGACCCUUCAAAGACGGCUGACGAUCAGCAUGUACACCGAAGAACUUGAUGCUCUUUAUGAGGAUGCAGAAAGGCUGGAGAAUGCAAACGUCAUCAAUGGUAAAAUAUCAAAACAGCCCAAUGAUUCAGAAAGUCUCGGGGCACUCAUUCGACAAGCAAUCAUGGGAGUUACCGGAUGGAGUAGUCUUGAGGAUGACACCAAUAUCUUUAUUAUUGGAAUGGAUUCCUUGCAAACUCUCCUCCUGACGCGCAAUCUGAGAGAAGAAUUGGCGAUUGCAGAGAUUGCACCAAGCACUGUCUACACCAAUCCCUCUGUUUCUCAACUCGCCAGGGCUAUUCUGGAUCUUUCAGCUAGCCAGCAAGCUUCUCUUGGACAUAUACGCGAAAGCCGAAAGCAUGCUAUUUCCAGUCUGAUAACACAACACCAAUCCCUCAUCGAUGAACUCGCGUCUUCAUUGGUUGUCGACAAGCCGGCGGCAAAGGGGGUAGAUCAGAAACGCAAUGUCCUCCUCACAGGGUCAACCGGGGCUGUGGGCUCCUAUCUUUUGCAAACUCUCCUGCGCUCUCCGUCGGUAUCUCAUAUUUAUUGCCUAAACCGCUCCCCCAACUCUUCAUCCCUCCAGGAAGAACGCAACAAAGCUCGUAAACUGGCCACCAUUGCUCCUAGUGAGCGAGUCACUUUCCUCACAGUCGAUCUUUCGCAGGAAUUCUUUGGCCUUGAGCCUGAGGUAUACAAUCAACUACAGAGCAAUGCCACCGACAUUCUGCUCAAUGCCUGGCCUGUGAACUUCAACAUCCCGCUAGAUGCGUUCAUGCCACAGCUUUCUGGAAUCACAAAUGUGGUGAAGUUUGCCUUGCAUGCACAGUGUUCACCCUCUAUCUUCUUUAUCUCCUCUAUUAGCUCUAUGCUCUCGCACCCUGAGUCUCCCAUACCUGAAAGCAUCAUGAUGGACACUUCGGCCCCUGCACCCAUGGGCUACGGAGAGAGCAAAUACAUCGCCGAGCGUAUACUCGACUAUGCUGCCCAGAAACUCCACAUGAACGUCAAGAUCGCGCGUGUCGGCCAGGUUGCUGGCCCGAUCCAUAGUGCCGGAACCUGGAAUAAAUGGGAGUGGCUUCCCAGCCUGGUGAUUAGUAGUUUGCACGUGGGUGCUCUCCCGGAUUCUCUGAGCCUUUCUCCAAGCCAGGUCGAUUGGGUCCCCAUCGACACGCUCGCUGAAGUACUGGUUGAGCUUCUUCUUGGGUCGACACCGGCAUCUAAGGCAGAGACAGCGACCGUCUUUCACAUUGUGAACCCGUACGUGACGACCUGGGCGGCCUUACUUCCUACUUUGGUUGCGACACUCGAAAGAUCCAGCCAUGGCAAGAAGAAGAUCGAGAUUGUCUCCUUGAAGGCGUGGUUGCAGAUAAUCAAGGCAGACGCCGAGGCGAAUCGCUCGGAUGUCGAGAAAAUGCUUGAGAGGAACCCAGCAUUGAAAGUUUUGAGCAUAUACGAGACAUUUUCUACGCAGGAGGCUCCUCGCUUUGAGAGCGAGAGGGCGAAGCGGGCAAGUCAGACCUUGAGAGAAAUGGAGGCCAUCAAGCCGGAGUGGAUGGACAAGUGGUGUGAGGGAUGGCUUUCAUAGAUUGGGGAGGAGGUAUAUUUUUUUUGGGGGAUUAAGACUGUAAACAGAAAUAAUUAUUAAGAAUGAUAUUGCUAUAAUCCUCAGA